AUGCCUUUACCCUGUGGCAGCGAACUGUGGCAGCCGACAUCAGACAAAGAGUGGAAGAAGCGAUACCGCGAACAUGUUGCUGCCAAACAAAAGGAAGGAAGGAAAGGGUUGACCCUGCGAGAUCUGUUCUUGUUUAAGCAGUCUUCAGCACGCGGUGAGAAUAUCGUCAAAUCCGGAAGCUCCAACGGGGAAGAGGAACUCGCCGAAUGGUGCGAAAGGGCGGACGACUUGUCGAUGCUUCUAUGGAUGGCCCUUACAGUCGAAGGCGAGGGACAGUCGCAUGUGUAUCCAAAAGGCCGAGGUAUGACGGAACUGAGCUGA